UCUAGGUCCAAUUUAACCCAAGUUAAUAUGGGCCGCGAAUGGCCUACAUUGUGAAUAUCUUAUACACCCUACUCAUAUCUUUCGAUCUCCACUAUUCCCAUCCAUGGCGAUCUCCUCCCUCUUCUCCACCGACCCCUCACGUCUCAAACCCUACGCGUUCUCCUCAUUUUCCACAAGCCCACGUUGCUCUCGCUCAAUCCGGAGCAAUCGCGGCCGUCCAUUUGCGAUCCGAUGCCAGGGGAAGGACGAGGGUUUCUACAUGCGGCGGUGCGUGGAGUUGGCGCGGAAGGCGCUCGGGCGCACGAGCCCGAACCCGAUGGUCGGGUGCGUCAUCGUGCGAGACGGCGAGAUCGUCGGGGAAGGGUUCCAUCCCAAAGCAGGGCAACCUCACGCUGAGUGUUCGAUAUAUUCAGGUUUUUGCGGUAGAAGAUGCCGGGGUAUUGGCUCAGGGUGCAACAGCUUUCGUGAGCCUCGAACCUUGCAACCAUUAUGGGAGGACCCCGCCGUGCACCGAGGCACUUAUCCGUGCCAAAAUAAGAAAAGUCAUUGUGGGAAUGUUGGAUCCGAAUCCAAUUGUUGCAUCGAAAGGAGUUGAAAGGCUGAGACAAGCUGGAAUAGAAGUUGAAGUAGGAGUAGAGGAAGAAUUGUGCCGCAAACUUAAUGAAGCCUAUAUUCAUCGAAUGCUUACAGGGAGGCCAUUUGUUACUUUAAGGUAUACUCUUUCGUUCAACGGGAUGGUUCUAAAUCAAGUUGGAAGAGGAGCAGAAGAAUCGGGUGGAUACUACUCAAAAUUAUUGCAUGAAUACGAUGGAAUAAUAAUGUCCAGCAACUUGGCCAAACUCUCUAGCUUACCAACUUCACAUGAAGCUGGAGCAAAUCAACCUCUUCAUAUUAUCAUAGCAUCUGGUUUAGGUUCUCCAUUGCGCCUUCCCUUUCUCACUAAAGAAGGUGCAGCUAAAGUAGUAAUAUUUGCAGACAAACCCAUAACAGUGGAGUCAGAAGUUGAGGAGAUUGAAGUGGUUGUCCUUGGAACUUUGACACUAAGUUCUGUACUUACUGCUUGUGGGAGUCGGGGUUUGUGCAGCAUUUUAUUGGAUUUGAGGGGGGAUAAUGGAAAUUUGCAGAAGCUUUUAGAUAAUGUUUAUGACGAACACUUGGUACAAAAGGUUAUCAUGGAAGUAUGCCCUGUUUGGAAUGGAAGUAAGGAGGCUUCCUUUUUGGCAUUCGGAGAGAAGUCGUUGAGAUUGAACAAUUUACAAUCUAGAGUGUACAGUGAGAGUGUUGUGGUUGAAGGAUACAUAUCGUAAUGUUGUUGUUUUUGUUUUUCGUACAAUUAUAUCUUAGUCUUUCAAUUGAAAUGUCGAUGCAAAUUCCUGUUGUUCUACUUAUCUAUCUUUGUAUUCAAAAUGUUAAUAUCGUUUUGUUCCUUUACAACUUUUAUAUGUUCAAUUGUUUUUGAAA